AUGGAAGCUAUUGGUUCAUCUGACGAGACUGUUACCGUGGAGUUCUCAAAGGAGACUUUGAACCUGGAAACCAACCCCCAAUUCGAAUACGAUCCAUGGCUUCUCGAUGAUCAUCCCUUACGGUCAUACCCGACAGAGUGUAUCCCAGGCCUGUCGCUGUGUCUUGAUGAAUACUACGAAUCUAUUGGAAAGCGAAAGGCGGCUCUCUUCCGCGCCGGAUGCAUUAUCCUUGGAUGCCUGUAA